AACACCUCACUUUUCUAUUUAUAUAUAUAAACCUCACUUCGGCUCAGUCGGCUAACUCCGUCAAACGCACUGCAAACACACAGUCGAGAAAAUGAAGUUACUAUCGGCUGCAGUUCUAUGCUCUCUCCUUCUCAUAGGAACCCUAGCUCUCACUGAGGCUAAGAAGUCAAACAAAGAUUUAACAGAAGUGACUAACAAAGUAUAUUUUGAUGUUGAGAUUGCUGGAAAACCAGCUGGAAGAAUUGUUUUUGGUCUCUUUGGUAAAACAGUUCCCAAAACAGCAGAAAACUUCAGAGCAUUGUGCACUGGGGAGAAAGGAGUUGGAAAAAGUGGGAAGCCUCUUUACUAUAAGGGAAGUGCAUUCCACAGGAUUAUUCCCAGUUUCAUGAUUCAAGGUGGUGAUUUUACUAAUGGAGAUGGCACAGGAGGGGAAUCAAUCUAUGGUGAAAAGUUCAAGGAUGAAAACUUCAAGAUCAAGCAUACUGGACCAGGACUUUUGUCAAUGGCAAAUGCUGGAAAAAACACCAAUGGUUCACAAUUCUUCAUCACAACUGUGACAACCAGCUGGUUGGAUGGUAAACAUGUUGUAUUUGGAAAGGUGUUGUCGGGUAUGGAUAUUGUUUACAAGAUGGAAGCUGAGGGGACACAAAGUGGAUCGCCAAAAGCAAAAGUAACAAUUGCUGAUAGCGGUGAAGUACCUCUAUAAUAAUAAUAUUCCAAUUAAUAACAAUAAUCUUUAUGUAUUAGGUUUGAUGUUUUUUCUUUAUGAUACUAGUUUUCUUGUUUUAAGAGAUGUUAAUGCUAUGUAUCGGGCACAAGUUUUUAACCAAAACUUUUGAAGUGAA